AUGAACCAUGUUUUGCUUCUCCACGGAAUAAUCUUCUUCUGCCUUUUUAUAAGGUCGACUUGUUACCAAAUGGUAUAUUUAGAUUCAUUCGAUAAGAAUAAUGAUCCGAAUGAAUUCAACAAUCUUUCUUGCUCUUGGCGUUACUAUUGCAAAGAAGAAUUCCACUUUUGUGAACAUGGAUGUAGUUCUAAGAAGAAGUUAAAAGGAGGAUAUAACUUGUUAAAGACAAAUAAUUUAAGGGAAAAUUGCUUCAUUAAUAUAGAAUGUGCACAUUACCAUAUUUUCUUUGAUUCAGAAGAUCCAGUUUAUUUCAUCUUUUUUUCAAAACCUUUUUUUCGAAUUAACCGCAAUUUUACUCUCUACGUGCAUUUGGCAAAACGGAACAGACUCAUGCAGGGCGAAGCAAGCGGAGAGGUUAUUCAUGAGAAGAACCGAAAAGGGUAUACAAACUGGAGUAUACUAACUAUGAUUUGGGAAAAGGCAAAACAAUACAGAAAUUUUAUAUCAGUCAGAUACAAAAAAAGUUUAAUAAAGUUGUUAAUUUUUCUAAUUUUGAUUCAUAUGAUUUUCUUUUAUCUUUAUAUCUAUACUUAUUUACAUCUGAAGAAUCAUGAGAGCUUAUAA